UUCUGUUUGAAAGUUUCCAGGUGUCCUCAUCAACCCCGACAAUUAAUAACCUCUGAAUGGGUCUCGUAUAGGUGGCAUUUACACUGCCUAAACCACUCUUUUCUAGCUCCUCAUUCUCUGCUUGCUUCUCUAUCCAUUCUUCAUUCUUUUCGUCCAAUAUCACCACCCUCGAACCCAUCAUCAUCAUUAGCGAUAAAAAUACACAACUAUGGUUCUCCUCCGAGAGCUCUCCCUCGCAACGUUCCUUGCUCUAGCUAGCAGUGCCAGUGCCUUUUAUGGGAAAUCUAGCGGAGUUAUCACGCUUGAUUCGAAGAAUUUCGAGAAGGAGAUUUUAAAUACUGAGCAUGCUUCUGUGCAUUCUUUGCGCCAUGGUGCGGGCACUGUCAAAACCUUAAACCGAUAUAUGAGAAGGCCGCUCAAUCACUCAAGGGCCUCGCAAAGGUCUUUAAGCCGGGAAAGGGGAAGGGGAAACCAAUCAUCGAAGACUACCAGGGUGCCCGGAAAGCCGGCGCUAUCGUUAGCCAUGUCGCCGGGCUCAUUCCGAACCAUGUUACUCGCGUCACGGACGCCAAAUUUGACGACUUCCUCUCUAAGAAUAACGAAACUGCGAAGGCGAUCUUAUUUACCAACAAAGGCCACUGUGCCACUAACCGAGGGGACUUCCUCAGCGGAUCCUAGCAAAAAGGAAACCUCGGGCACUACCCAAGAGAGUAAGACCCCCACUGUCAAGGAAACUCCAACCCCGAAACCAAAACUCACAAUCCCCUCCCUCGAGGAUCAAAACUCCCUCGCCGCCGCCUGUCUCCAACCAAAAUCAAAGACCUGCAUCCUGGCAAUCAUCUCCUCUUCAGCGCCCACCAACGUCCUCACAGAAGUUUACAACAAACUCCUCUCCCGCAGCCCUGCCGGCGCUUUCAAUGUCUACAUUCUCCCAGCCGGAUCUGCCCAUACCCAGGAGCUCGCCGAGAAGCUACUCAUGGUGGGUGACGGGGCAAAGUUGAUUGCGUUAAACGCGCGCCGCGGAUGGCUCAGGAAGUUUGGUGGCGACCUGGAUAGCGAGGAGGACGUGCUUGCUUGGCUGGACGCUAUGAGGCUAGGCGAUGGCGCGAAGGAGAAGUUGCCCGCCGGAGUUGUUGUUGAGGAGGAGGAGGAGGGGCAUGGCGAGCUGUAGUUCUCUUCUUCCUUUUUUUCCUGGAAACAAUGUAUUCUUGUUUAUUCUUGAUUGAGAAAACAAAAUGCCAACAAAUAAAUUAUUAGGUUUUGUUUUGCUUUA